GGAGCGGGUGUUCGCAGUCGCCGUGCUCAUCUUUGCGAUGCUGGUCUUCUCGUCCUUCCUAAGCUCGAUCAGCACGGCUAUGACCCAGAUCAGGACUCUCAACAUGGAAGAGACGAGGAACUACAUGAAAUUGGAAAGGUUCAUGCAGGACAACCGGAUUUCCUUCUACCUGUCGACGAGGAUCCGCAGGUACCUCGAUUAUUUCGUCCAGGACCAGAAGAAACACCCCUCGGAGAAGAGCGUGGUGAUGCUGGAGCUCCUGUCCGAACCCCUGCGCAUGGAGCUGCACUACGAGGUGUACUCUCCCUGGCUGACGAAGCACCCGUUCUUCGAAGCGUACGCGGGCGCCAACCGCACGGCCUUCAACAGGCUGUGCCACCGGGCGGUGAAGACGGUCUGCCUGACGAGGGACGACGUGCUCUACGCGAAGGGCGACGCGGCCAAGCACAUGUAUUUCGUUAUCCGAGGCACGCUUAUAUACACCUACAAUGACGACGACACCACGAGGAAGAUCGGCCCAGGA